AAAGCGUACGAAACUAAAAAAGUGAAAACUGAAAAGUGAAAAGUGAUUUAAGUGAAGAAAAAAAAUAUAAGAGAAUAAAAUUUCAAACUGAAAUUGAGAAUUUGGAAAAUAAAGUUUGAAAUUGAAAAAUAUAAUUUCAAUAUCGUAAAGAUAUAAGUGCUCAGUCAAAAUGAGCAAAUAUUUUAACUCGGAGAUCUUGAGUUCACUCUUAGCUCAAGCUCCAAUCGACGAGAGCGAUCCUGCUAGCAAUCGUUUCGCCGACUUGAAGUCGUCUGGUCGCUAUUUGUUAUAUGUCUCGUCGGAUCCCGGGAGGCAAAUCAUUCCCCGGGAUGUCAAGAGCACUCUGCGGACUCUAUUCCGCGAGGAGUGCAAACCGAAGAACUGCAUCGUCAGGAUCAUUUUGACUGAAGAGGAUCGUAUCUCGCGGGCCAAGGCUGCUGCGAACCUGAAAGUCCGCCAGAGGGUGUGGGAAGGGGUCGAGUCUGUCGAGGAGUUAAAACAGAUUGGCUGCGAUUCGGAUAUGUUGGAUCGUGCCCGUGGCGGUCGUAGCCUCACAUACGAUCCGAACUUCAGUCUUCAGGUUGAGGAGAUUGGUGAGCCCAUUUUGGAUCCCAAGUGUAACGUCAAAAAACGCGUUGCCAAAUGCCUGCCUGAAUGUGGGCCCAAAUUGGAGCCUGUUUGGCCCGAAUUGGAGGCUGUAUUUCGUCCCGAAUUCAAGAAAGUUGAUCCUGAUUAUGACCCCGAAUGUGACCUCAAACCUGAUCCUGAAUGUGACCCCCAACCUGAUACCAGACGUGAUGCCAGUCGUGAUGCCAGUCGUGACUCCAAGCGUGAUACUAAACCUGAUACCAGUGGUGAUCCUCAAUGUGACCCCAGACGGGAGCCCAGACGUGAUGCCUCGCGCGACCCCAGAUGUGACUCCACAGGUGGUCCUAAAUGUGACUCUGCACAGGACCCCCGACUUGAUGUCUUGCGUGACCUAAAACGUGAUGCCUCACGUGACUCUAAAUGUGAAUCAGCACGGGACCCUAAACUUGAUGCCUCACGUGUUGCCUCACGUGAACCCAAACUUGAUGUCUCACGUGACUCCAAAAGAGUUGCCUCACGUGACACCAAGCGUGAUGACUCGCGUGUUGCUUCACGUGACCCCCAACGUGAUGUCUUACGCGAUCCCCGACUUGAUGUCUCACGUGAUCCGAAACUUACUGCCUCACGUGACUCCAAACGAGUUGCCUCACGUAACCCCAAUCUUGAUGCCUCACGUGACGCCAGACUUGAUGCCUCACGGGAACCCCAACGUGUUGCCUCACGUGAUCUCAAGCAUGAUGCCUCACGUGAUCCGCAAUUGAACGAUGAAUCCAAUCCCGUGAUGGUUCUACACUGGAAUCCCAAGUCGGUGUAUAGUUCCCGAUCAAGUGUGGCUACUGAAGUCGCCGCAUCCAACACAAAGACUGUUCAGAAUACCGAAGCAUCUGGUUCUCCAGACAAGACGUCUGAUUCUCCAGACAAGACACCUGAUUCUCCAGACAAGACGUCUGAUUCUCCAGACAAGACACCUGAUUCUCCGGACAAGACACCUGAUUCUCCGGACAAGACACCUGACUCUCCAGUCAAGACUGAUGGCAAGACCAGCAAGACCAAGUCCAACAAGCCCAGGUCCAUUAGGGAUAUGACCAGCAGGACCAGGUCCAGUAGGUCCAAGUCCAUCAAGGCCAGGACCCCCAAGGCCAAGACUAGCAACUCUGAUCAGACUCCUGAACAAUCCCAACCCAAGGGCAGUAACACUGAUGAGAUUCCGGCUCCAUCCCAGCCCAGAGGAUGCGAGACCCAUGAGCUACCGACCUUCGGUAGCCGGGAGGAGCUGAUGCAGUACAUCCAGGAGGUGAGCGCCGUCUAUAGCCGUCUCCAGAAGCAGGAGCCUCACACUUACCGUCCCGAGGAGGACCCCAAGCUGGCCUGGUUGUUCGAGUUGUCGUGGCAGCUGUCCAACGAACCUCUGGCCCGGGAGAAGACACUCGGAUCCCUGGAGCAGAUCAAGUCUGGCUUCAGCAACUUCCUCCAGUACAUCAAGCAGAAGUUCCAGGCCUCCGAUAUGGAGGAACAAGCGGCAGAGGAUAAGCCAGUGCCUCGCACCGCCGAAGAGUGCAUCGAUCCGAAUUUCUCGGGUCCCGUGAUCCUAGGACCGAGUAUCGAUGAGCCGUUGGUCUUUCUGGCGGAUCGCCUCAUGGUGGGAUUCAACAUGCUUUUUAAUCGCUGUGCUGCCACAUUCGAGCCAGUGCUGUCCACGCCAGAAGUGACCGUUCCACGGGCUCCACGAUCUCCAUCCUCACCGGCGCCACCACCACCACCAUCUUCAUCAGCACCGGCACCACCACCACCAUCUCGUCCAUCCCGUCGUGCUACUUCGGGAAGCUAUCAGCGUCGUGCUACCAUCCGGGAGGUGAUUGGCGAGGUGGAACUGCCACCAGACACCACAUCGGACGAGGAGAAGCCCAACACCAAUGACUUGAGAGGCAGGGUCACCACCAACUCGGGUAUGCCCGUUUCCGGGGGCUCCCAGAACCGUGAUGGGACCCUACCGAAGUUGAACCGCAAUAAGUGACUUAAAUCUCUGAUCCCUAUAUCUCUGGCACUGUUCCAGAGAUCUCCAGAGAUUUCAAAUUGUUAAAUAGUUCUAUGUUCCAGGAUAAUCAAAAUUGUAACACUUGGACUUGCACCUACAAUCGGGGCAUUCUCCAUAACCUCUUUACGAAGCCUCCUACUCCAUGGGAGCUACUCUCUAUGGAGCUACCUUCUAUGGAGCUACUCUCUAAGGAGCUAUUUCCUAUGGAGCUACUCUUCAUAAAGCUACUCUCCAUGGAGCUGGACUUCUACAAUCCAUUUCGAAUAAACCAAAAUGUCGUUUUUCGUUCAAAUUAAGAUGUUUUUCUCGGUUUUGAACGGGUGAAGGAUAAAAUAUUCAUGGCUUUUCAGGAACUUUUAUUGCAAUACUCCAUUCAAUUAACAAGACCGAUAGUUAUCGAUUAUUUUGAUAUUUUUCUAUAUAUUUAGACAUUUGUUCCUAAAAAUUGUCCACUUUAUACACUCUUUUUGAUCAUUUUUCGUCUAAAUUUGAUUUUAUUCAACUAACACCUGUUAAUUAUCGAUUAUUUCGAUAGUUUUCAACUUAUAAUUGACAUUUAUGUCUAUAGUUCCUUGAAAGAUUCUAGUUUUUGACAAGUUUUCCUGUAAGUAUUAUUUUUUUUUAAACAGAAACCCUAUAAUUAUCGAUUAUUUCGAUAGUUUUUUAUUUUUUAUAGGCAUUUCUCUUUGUGUUCCUUGAAAAGUUGUCCACUUUAUACUCUAUUUUUGACCAGUUUUAGUCCAAAUUUUAUUUUAUUCAACUGAAACCAGUUAAUUAUCGAUUAUUUUGAUAGUUUUCAAAUUAUUUUUGACACUUUUGGCAAUGGUUUCUAAAAAGUUACUACUUUAGACUCUCUUUUUGACACAUUUUCGUCAAAAAGUUGUAUUUUAUUCGACUAAAAUGAUAAUUCAAAUAAAACCUGAUAGUUAUCGAUUAUUUCGAUAGUUUUCUAAUUA